UCUUCCCCAAAGCAUUUAUGCAACAAAACUGCAGUUUGCUUUUUUAAAAUGCAAAUCAAAAUAGAUUAAGAUCAUGGUUCAUAGAGUUUGACAUUGAGCCUUGACACAAAUAAACAUUCGCAACGAAGCGUUCACAGCCAAAUGACCACUAGUAGGAAUAGUAAUCAGAAACCUAUUAUACAUCAUUUGUUUACAUCAAUCAUGUACUGUACUAUUUAUUCAGUGGUAAAUAGCUGUGAUUAUUAUAUAUUUUAGUAAUAGGUUUCCUCAAGGCUUUAAUGAGGCUUUUGUCCAUUAUAAAUGUAUUUAAAUAGGGACGGACCAUUCACACAGUGUGGAUAUAAAAGAAACAUGAUUCUCUUCAGUGGCCAUUGCAAAAAUGAGUUCCAUCAUUGUUGAAAUGAGUCCGUUGGCAUUUGCCAUAGUGAAUGUGCCCGUUUCUGUCGCCACUACCCUGAUGAACAUGUUUUUUAUCUACUGCAUGUUUUCUUCACAGGAUGGAUCAGAAAUCUGCCAAAAGCCUCCUCUGAAUGUCUUGGUCGGAUCUCUUAUUGGGUGCAACCUGCUUCUGAACAUCUGUAACCUUGUGUUUGUGAUCUAUAAAACCGUGGACGUGCCUGUAUGGGCAUACAUUGUUUCAUGUGCCCUUAUUCUGUAUGCCAUGAGGACCAGUUUCACUGCCUCUCUCGGCCUCAAUGUGUUUUAUUACUUUCAGAUUGUUCCUGCCCGGCACCCUUGUUUGAUUUGGGUGAAGACGCGCAUCAAACUCUUCAUGUACUUCAUGUUGGUCUUUGACAGAAUCUUCUUUUCAUUUGGAUUUAUUUUACAAGUUCUCCCAGGAAGAGUUUUUAUUUCUGCGGUGGACUUCAAUUCAUCCAGCAUCUUGACCAGUAGAGGUCUAAUUCUGCGGUAUUAUCUGAUACUGACAGACUUCUGGCUUAGAUGUUGCUAUUGUUUCAUUUGUCUUGGCAUUAUGGUGGCAUCCAACACCUCCACUGUUCUCUACCUAUGGAAGCAUGUGAAGAGCAUGGAGAACUCUAGUUCUUCGUCUGCUCUUCAUUACCGGAAGCAGAAGAGAGUGACUACACUGAGCAUUAUCCAAACGGUGCUUUUCUUUUUCUCCUCAGGCUGGCUGAUAACAGAAGAACUCAUGUUUCGUUUUAAUAUCAAUUUUAAUCCAACUGGUCAUGUGCUGUUUUCUAUUGUGGCAUGUUAUGCUUUUGGUACAACCGUCAUUUUAGGUGUUGGUCAGUCAAAAUUUAGGCUUCGGGCUGUAGAUAUAGUGAAAAAACUUGGUCGAAUAGUCUUACGGAGUAACCUGAAUGUGGGUGACGUAAACGUAAACUUUCGUCUCAGUGAUACUGGAAAGGGUUAAAGGCUAACGUCUGUUCAGAACAGAGGAUAGUAAUCGACUGUAAAUAUGUUUAUGUAAUUUAGGGUCAGAUUACCAAUGUAAUAGAUUAUUGUAUUGUAUUGUAAAUUGUUUUUUGCCAUUUGCAAACCACAUUAUGUC